AGUUUUUGAGAAUGGGGCAAGAUCAAAGCAGUAGUUUAGCGGGUCAAAUGGGCCAUCCAAAUGUUCCUUAUACCUCGUAUUCUGUGGAAAAGGAGGGAGCAAAACCGAAGUCGAAACAGAGAGCCAAGCUGGAAGACAUUAUGGUCGUUAAUGCGCCCACUGGAAGCCCAAAACUUGUCUCCAAAACUGAAGAUCCUGAUACGAGAAACUUGAACAAAAUACCAUUCUAUUAUCCGCUCCUUCGAAGCUCAAUUUCCGCCUCGUCAGCUAGAGAGUUGGAGUUUUUUGAUAAGUUUGACCUUCGCCCGUGUUUGUCGCUUUGUUCACGAUAUGAGAAGCACCUGAAGCAAUGCGCGGAGGCUGUAGCAUUUGACCAACACAUGCUCUCGUCACAAGUCCGCGAAAUGGAUACAUAUUGUGCUACAGUUUUGCGAGGAGUAAGUGACAGAUACAAGAAGUUCUCUUAUGUGGCUGGACAGCUAAGGAAGGUAGAGGAAAUGAACUCUAAUCUCAGGAGAAUCGACGCUAACCUCAAGCGUCUUGUACCUAUGAUGGAAAGACUCAAUAACGUGUUACCUGCGGAAGAACGGCUGGAGGAAUUUUCUAUAUCUCAAUACAGCAUACAGCGCUAAAAUUAUAAAUGUGGGUUAUGUUGGGGUGGGUAGGUGAAAAAACAUACAAAAAACAAAAAGCAACAAUAUCAACAAAAGACAAACAAGAAAACCAUUUUAUCAGGGUGGCAAAGGGGUGUACGUAUUACAGAGAGAAUGUAUGAGAACCGCUCAAAUUGGGCCUGAUCUCAGAUUAGCGUUGCGCUGACUUUGUUUGGUUCAUCAAGCAUCACAGGGAAAACUGAAUUAGCCAUCAUGCAUCAUGUAAAUGAGUAAGUUAACAUGGCAAUAUAUCAACCCUUGAAUGAAUCAGUUCUAAUAAAUUGCUUUCAUGGUCUUUUUUGGGUAGAAAAGAAAAUGACAUCAUGAAUAUCUGUUUUUAAUGUCUGUGCUUCUAGUUUCAAAUGAUAUUCACCAAUCACGGAAUUCUAUAAGAAAAUUCACGUGUCACUCUUUGUGAAUACAGAAGAUCAUACACCACCCAGCUAAAAGGGCAGCUAUGCCUAAUCACGCCUCAUGCAACUAAUUUGUUCCCGAUCAUGCAUCACGCUGAUAAUUCAUGACCCCUCAAGCGUCACUGAAAACCCCUUUGCCACCCGGUCCUUUGUUUGCCAAAUCAGUUUGGGCUAGUUGUAAGCUCUCUAGUCUUUCAGUAGCAGCUGACACUAAGCUACAUCCCUGUCAACUUUAUAGUUGUGUGCUCAGUGCCCUGGCCUUUGAAUAGAAGUGAGGCUGGCGGUGACCUUGUUUUGUUACAAACCUUCUUGUUUUUCAUGUGC